AUGUCCGGAUCAAAUCUUGAUAAACUAGUGUCAACAAAACAUGGAUGGCAUGUAGGUUUUGAUAAGCAAUUUGAUCCGAAAUGGAAACCAUUUGGAAGACCAAGAGCAAAACAAUUAGUUGAAUAUGUACCAUUAUUUAUGAGAUAUCUUCGAAUAUGGUACAAAUUAAAAAAAGCAAAACGACGUGCACAUAUGGAUUUUAUUAAUCCAAUACCACUUCAACAAAUUUAUGGUGCACCUAUUGGUGGUUUGGGUUGUGGAACAAUUGGUCGAGGUUUUCGCGGUGAAUUUUGUCGUUAUCAACUUGUACCCGGUCUUUAUGAAUUUCAAACUGUUGAAACAAAUACUUUUACUGUUUGUAUUCGUCGUCGAAAUACAACAAGUUAUUGUCAAGUUUUAAUACCUAAUCGUCUAAAAAAAAAAGGUUUACGUGCAUGGAAUGCAGCAUUUCCUGCAGAAAAUGGUCGCUAUCAAGCUUUGUAUCCACAAUCAUGGACAACAUAUGAUUUACCUGCUCAAAAUAUUCGAUUAUUGUGUAAACAAUUAUCACCUGUUAUUCCACAUAAUUAUGAAGAUUCUUCUUUACCGGUUGCUUCUUUUCUUUGGAAUAUUGAAAAUUUAAAUGAUGAACCUGUUGAAGUUAGUCUAAUGUUUACAUGGCAAGCUGGUUCAGCUUCUCAUGAAUUUGUAUGUCGAGAUAUUUCACAUGAAUCAAUCAAAGUGUCGGAUGAUGGUAUUUCAGCUGUUGGUGUAUCAAUUAAACAAGUAUUACGUGAUAUGAAUCUUGAAUAUUGUAUUAUGGGAAAACAAGAGUCAGACAAUAUUAUUACUACGCGAACGAAUUUUCAUGUUGAUUCAGAGACCGAUGGACGUGAUGUUUGGCUAGAUCUAGUAGAAGAUGGUCGAUUAACAGAAUUGAAAACUGCUCGUGCUACAACUCUUCAAUCAGCUAGUUGUGUAUGUAUAACCACUACUGUCGAACCAAAAUCUAUCAAAGCAUCAGAAUUUGUUCUUGCUUGGCAUAUGCCUGAAAUUAAAUUUGGUUUAGGACAAAAAAUAUAUUCAAAAUGGUAUACAAGAUUAUUUGAUAAAGCAACACUUACAGGCUCAACUCUAUGCAUUUAUACAAUGAAAAAUCGAAUAAAAUGGGAAGAUGCUAUUGCUAAAUGGCAACAACCAAUUCUCGAUGAUACUUCAACACCAGAUUGGUAUAAAAGUGCUUUAUUUAAUGAGACAUAUUUUAUUGCUGAUGGUGGAACUAUUUGGCUCGAUGUUAGUGAUGAUCAUACAUUACCUGAACAUAUUAGAAAAUGGGGGCGAUUUGGUUAUUUAGAAGGUCAUGAAUAUCGAAUGGUGAAUACAUAUGAUGUUCAUUUCUAUGCAUCCUUUGCUCUAAUUCAAUUAUGGCCAGAAUUAGAAUUGAGUAUACAAUAUGAUUUUUCUAGUACUAUCACUUAUGAAAAACUAGAAUCUCGUAUUUAUCUAUUUCAUGGGCAAGCAUCUCAUUGGAAAACAUUACAUUCUGUUCCUCAUGAUCUUGGUGAUCCUGACGAAGAACCAUGGUUAUUAAUCAAUGCUUAUAUAUCUCAUGAUACAGCAGAUUGGAAAGAUUUAGGUUUAAAAUAUAUCCUUCAAGUAUAUCGAGAUUAUGUUUAUACUAAAAAUAAACAAUUUCUUACUGAUAUAUGGAAAACGAUCAAAUUUGUGACUGAUCGUGUUAAAAAACAAGAUGUCGAUGGUGAUGGUCUUGUUGAUAAUGGUGGUUUUGCUGAUCAAACUUAUGAUGCAUGGACAGUACUUGGAGCAAGUGCAUAUUGUGGUGGUCUUCAUAUUGCUGCACUUCGUGCUUGUGUUGAAAUGGCACGAAUUCUGAAUGAUGAAAAUGCUUUGAAUGAAUAUGAACCCUGGCUUGAAUUAGCUAAGAAAUCUUAUUCAGAAAAAUUAUGGAAUGGAAAAUAUUAUGAUUAUGAUUCAAGUACAUCACGUCAUCAUGAUAGUAUUAUGUCUGAUCAAUUAGCUGGAUUUUGGUAUUUACGUUUAUCUGGUCUUAAAUAUGAGGAUUUUGAAAAGGAACGAGUUGAUAGUGUACUUAAUACAGUAUUUAAUGCAAAUGUUAUGGCAUUUGGCGCAGGAAAACUUGGUGCUGUUAAUGGAAUGACUAGUUCAGGACGACUAGAAAUUGUUAGUAUGCAAUCAGAAGAAAUAUGGACUGGAGUUACAUAUGGAUUAUCAUCAACAAUGAUUAUGGAGAACCUUCGAACUCAAGCAUUUGUUACGUCUGAAGGAAUAUAUAAUACAUGCUAUAAUGUUGCUGGUUUAGCAUUUCAAACACCUGAAGCAUUAACGCGUGAAUCUCGUUUUCGAUCAGUUGGAUAUAUGCGUGCCUUAUGUAUUUGGUCAAUUCAAAAAGCACUUGAAUUAUCACGUUUAGAAAAUAAUAGCAAAAGUAAUGGAGUAGAUGAUUAA